GUUUGCCAUUCUUUGUAACUGACAGGCACUUUAGUAAACCCCAGAAAUUUAUAGUGAAGAUCAACUUAUAAACUCAAUGAAUAAAAUCAAGAUCAGCCAUGUGAUCUGUUGUAUAAUCACUGUAGUAUUAUUCAAGUUGAAAAUUUACUUAAGAUCAUGGCUUGGGGACAGAUCGGAUGUCUUGUACUGUUGAUGUUUGCAUCCUUUGGUACAAAUGGUCUGAGAAGGAGAAGUAAGUUAGGCAUGUUGAGACCUCCUCUCCCCAAUGGUGCUUCAAACCCACCUGAUGAGUGGUUUACUCAACUACUGGAUCAUUUCGAUCCCACAAAUAAUCAAACAUGGCUGCAGAGGUACCAAGUGGUGACAGACUAUUUCACAGAAGGAGGACCAGUGUUCAUCAUGCUGGGAGGGGAGGGACCAGCUGAUAGCUCGUGGCUAGUGGAAAGUAACAUGGUCAACUAUGCCAAGCAGUACGGUGCACUCAUGUUUCAAAUAGAACAUCGCUACUAUGGCGAGAGUCAUCCUACAAGCGAUGCAAGUACAGACAAUUUGGUCUACCUCUCCAGUGAGCAAGCAUUGGCUGAUAUCGCCUAUUUUGUCGUGGGGAUGAAUGUUCAGUACAAUUUGACAUCAGACACAAAGUGGAUUGCAUUUGGAGGCUCAUACUCUGGCAAUCUGGCUGCAUGGGUUAGACUGAAGUACCCCCACCUCAUACAUGCUGCCAUGUCUGCCAGUGGACCUGUUUUGGCAAAAGUUGAUUUCUUUGAAUACAUGGAUGUGGUCAGAAACUCCUUAGGGACUUGUGGGCAGUCCUGUGUCAAAGCUGUGGAAAUGGCAAACAGAAGAUUUAAUCAACUUUUGAAAAAGAAAUCUGGUCAGAAGACUAUUGACAGAUUAUUCAAGCUGUGUGAUCCUAUAGACCCAACAAACCAGAAUGAUGUAUGGAACUUGCUGGAAUCAUUGGCUGAUAACUUUGCUGUUAUAGUCCAAUACAACAAAGAUAAUGUGGGAUUGCCAAUCACUAUAGACACACUGUGUGAUAUCAUGACAAACAAGUCUAUGGGCAGCCCCCUUGUAAGGUAUGCAACUGUCAAUAAAUUGUUAAUGAAUAUAUUUGGAGAAGACUGUGUUAGCUACAAAUAUGAUGAAAUGAUUGAAGAGUUAAAAGAAACGUCUUGGACAUCAGAAGGUGUUAGCUCUGGGUAUCGUACUUGGACUUAUCAAACUUGUACAGAAUUUGGCUACUAUCAAACCUCUGAGUCAAAGCAAGAGUUUUUCUCCAAUGACUUCCCAUUAAACUUCUUCUUGCAGCAGUGUUCUGACAUCUUUGGAAACAAAUUUACCAAUAAAGAAAUAUAUGAAGGUGCCUAUCGUACAAAUUCUAUAUAUGGAGGUUUGGAUCUGCAAGCUACUAGAAUUGUCUAUGUCCAUGGUACUAUCGACCCUUGGCAUGCACUAGGGAUCACUUCCACUGUGGUGUCAGAGUCUCCUGCUAUCCUUAUCAAUGGCACUGCUCACUGCGCCAACAUGUAUCCACCCAGAUCAUCAGACCUGCCUGCUCUUAAAGCAGCCCGCAAAGAAGUUGGAAAACUUAUUGGUCAAUGGCUACAGGAAAGCUAACUUGAAAAUAUCCGGCCGUUUUAUUAUUGGGUUUAAUUUUAAUGGGAAUAUAUUUAAACACCUGCUUUUAGGUCAAGUGACUUUUAUCCUGUUUCAGUGUUACAAAAAGGUAAACUGUGAAAUAAGCAAUUUAUUUUUUAUUACAACAAACUUAUAUUUCAAAAAUGUUUUCUGUCUACUUUUUUAGUAAAAGAUUUAAUAUUAAUUACUUGACAUAGGGCCAGUUUAUCUUAUAUUUGUAAAAAUUAAUUAAAAACUGAUUAUUCAGGUGGAAUUAGAAAUUACAUAUAUUACUUACGAAAUAUUAAAUAGUUUUGAUUGACAGAAUCUACUGUAAUGUUUUGACCCUUUCAGCCCCAAUGUUUGAUAUACUGUACAACAAUAGUGUUGCUUAAACACCAAUGUCUGCUGUCUCAUGUCUGCAGUUAUAUUUUCACUGACUUCCUUACUGUCCUGAUUGAUAUUGUACUCAAAGAUGUUAAAAAUUAUAAUCUACAAGUUUAAGGUAAUUUUCCGAUAAACUGUUAAAAACUU